GCCAUGUCCUCGCUGCUGUCCCUGCAGGAGGAGAACCGGGUCCUGCAGCAGGAGCUGUCCCGUGUCGAGGAUCUCCUGGCCCAGAGCCGUGCCGAGAGGGAUGAGUUGGCCAUCAAGUACAACGCCAUCAGCGAGCGGCUGGAGCAGAGCCUGCGGCAAGAGGGGGGUGAGCAAGAGGUGGGGCAGGGUCUGGCCCAGCAGAACCUGGAGCUGCGGCGGCGGCUGGAGGAGGAGCAGAGCGCGUACAAGAGGAAGCUGCAGGCGUACCAGGAGGGGCAGCAGCGCCAAGCACAGCUGGUCCAGAAGCUCCAAGCCAAGGUGCUGCAGUACAAGAAGAAAUGUGGUGAAGCAGAGCAGCAGCUGCUGGAGAAGGCAACGGAGCUGGAGCAGGAGAGGCUGACGCUGGAUGUGAGCAGCUCACAGCUGGAGGAGGAGAGCAGCAAUGAGCUGGAGAACGCCUUGAUCCGGCUGGAGGAGGAGCAGCAGAGGAGCAGCAGCCUGGUGCAGGUGAACUCCUUGCUGAGGGAGCAGUUGGCUCAGGCCAACGCUGCCAACGCGGCGCUGAGCGAGGACAUCCGGAAGGUGACAGCGGAUUGGGCCCGGGCCCGGGAGGAGCUGGAGCAGCGGGAGGAGGAGUGGAGGCGUGAGGAGGAGUCCUUCAACACCUACUUCAGCAACGAGCACAGCCGGCUCCUCACCCUCUGGAGGCAGGUGGUGGCCUGCAGGAGGCAGCUCGGAGAGGUGAAAACCAGCACGGAAAGGGACCUGCUGGACCUGCAGCAGGACCUGUCCCGCACGGGCCGCGCUGCCCACGCCGCGUGUCUGCACCUGGGCUCCCACCUGGGAAUGCGGGAAAGCCGCGAGGGUGCGGAACGGCAGCGGCUGGAGCAGCACCUGGAGCAGAGGGACAGCGAGACAAGGACCCUGAGCUGCCGGCUGGAGGAGGUGACAGCAGCACUGGAGAAGCUCCGGGAGCAGAAGGGGGAGAAGGAGCGGGAGGUGCAGGAGCUGCAGGGGAGGCUGCAGGAACUGGAGGCUGCACGUGCCCGGGACCCCUCCCCAGCUGAGCUGGAGGCUCUGCGCUCCGAGCUGGAGCUGCUACAGAGGGUGCUGCGGGACAUCACCCAGGCAGUUCUGGCAGAGGAUCCCCUGCAGCCGUCCCUGUCCCCUCCAUCUCCCUCCCCUCCGCCCUCCGCCGCUCUCUCAGCCGUUCGGGCCGCCCUGGACCGGCACCGCCAAAAGCUGCAGGAGGCGCGGGCAGAGGCCCAGGCACUGCGGGGGCAGUUGGAGGAGCUGGGGGCUCAGGCCGGGGGGUGCCGGCGGGAGCGGGACCGGGCUCUGGCCCGGCUGGAGCAGCUGGAGGAGCAGAACCGGGACAUGCGCAGGGCACAGGAGGAGGUGGAGGUGGCUCUGGUCGGGGCACAGGAGCGGGCAGAGGCUCUGGAGGAGGCGCGGGCCCAGGCUGCACAGCAGGCAGAGAGCACCCGGCAGCAGCUGGAGCUCCGGCAGCAGGAGGUGGAGGAGCUGUCGGGGCAGCGUGCGGAUGCCCGUCGGGAGGUGCUGGAGGUGCGGGAGGCGCUGAGCCGCGCGGCGCUGGAAGCGGAGGUGGCGCGGGGUGAGCGGGAGGUGCUGAGCCGGGCACUCAGCAAGGCUCAGUGCAGCUGCGGGCAGCUGGCUGCGGGGCAGCGGGUGGCGGUGGCCGAGCAGGCCCGGCUGCGGGAAGCCCUGGCCCGUACCGGGGAGCUGGCGGCAGGGCUGGCCCGAGAGCGGCGGGAGCUGGUGCUGGGGCUGGAGCGGGAACGGGAGAGCGGGAGGCGGCGGGCAGAGGAGCUGGGAAUGGAGGUGACCGAGCUGAGAGAACGGCUGGAGAGGGGCCGGAGGAGGGGCCUGGAGCGGGGUCUGGAGCGGGGCCGCAGGGAGGCCGAGGAGGGGACCCGGGGGCUGCGGGGACAGCUCGGGAUCCUGCGAAGCCACCAGCUGAGGCUGCGACAGCUCCUGGGGCAGGCAGUGCAGGAGCAGGGUGCUGCGGGCCGGGCCCUGGUGCACGCACGGGGGGAGCAGGAGCGGCUGCGGGAGGAGCUGCAGGAGGUGGCCCGCAGCCGGCAGGCACUGGCCAAGGAAGGGGCCAGCCUGGCCGUGCAGUUGGCCACCGCCCAACGCCAGGGCCAGGAGCGGGCCCAGGAGGUGGCAGCGCUCAGGGUGGAGAAGGAGGCGCUGGAGAGCAGCAUCUUCCAGCUCCAGCAGCAGCUGUCCCAGCGGGAUACCCACACCCGGCACCUGGAGGCUGAGGCACGGACCCUGCUCCAGGCCAAGGAGGGACUGGAGGCCGAGCUGGGUGCCAGCCGUCUGGAGCGGGAGCGGGAGCUGGAGGAGCGGCGCCAGGCAGUGGCAGCGGCCGAGGCAGCGGCGGUGACAGUGGCACUGCAGAGUGCCAGCACCGCCCAUCGCCAGGAGCUGGACCGCCUGCAGCGCCAGAAGGAGGAGCUGGAGGCUGAACGGGGCCGGCUGGCUCGGGAGCAGGAGGAGCUGGCGGCGGAGCUGGCGGCGAUGCGGCGGCAGCGGGAGAGUGAGAAGCAACAGGCCCUGGCACUGCAGGAGGAGGAGCGGGCGGCACUGGCAGAGACUCUGGAGGGGCUGCAGAGGAGUUUGGCUGAGGCCACGGCUGAGCUGGAGCAGCGGCGGCGAGAGGUCACGGGGCACCAGGAGAAAGAGCAGAGCCUGGCUGCAGAGCUGCAGAGCCUGCGGGCACAGGCAGAGGAGGCAGCAGUGGCCCACGAGCAGGAGGCCAGAGCCCUCCAGGAACAAACCACAGCAGUGGCCAAGCAGAGGGACACUGCCCUGCGGGAGGUAAAACCCCCUCGUGUGCAGGUGCGGGUGCUGCGGGAGGCCCGUGCUGCGGGGCAGCGGGCGCUGCGGGAGGCCCAGCGGGAGGCCCGGGAGCUGCGGGUGCUGGGGGAGACCCAGCAGAGGAAGGUGCUGGAGGCCCAACGGGCCCUGGGGGAUGAGGCCAAGGAGAAGGAGACCCUGAGGCGCUCCAACCAGGAGCUGAGGGCAGCGCUGAGGCGUGCAGAGGGAGAGCGCAUCAGCCUGAAGCACUCGGGUGAGGAGAAGGAGCAGCAGCUGGUGGUGGUGGAGGAGGGGAGGGUGGCAGCAGAGCGGGAGGUGCGGGAGCUGCGGGCACAGCUGCGGGAGCUGGAGCGAGCGCGUCUGGAUGCACGCAGGGAGCUGCAGGAACUGCGGCGGCAGAUGAAGGACCUGGACAGUGAGAAGAGCAAGAAGAGCCGGGAGGUGGGGGAGCUGCAGGCACGCCUGGCCCUGGGGGAGCAGCGGGAGGAGGAGAGGCACCGGGAAGCCUUUGGCCUCAGGCAGAAGGUGGCUGAGAGUGAGGCAGGCACAGAGGCAGCCAGGAAGGAGCUCCAAGCCCUGCAGCAGCGCCUGGCAGAGGCAGAGGAGGAAUUCCGGCAGCGGGAGAAGGAGCUGUCCCGCAGCUUGGAGGAGGCUCGGGGCAACGAGCGGAAGCUGCUUGCGGACACCCUGAACCUGCGGCUGAAGGCGGAGGCUGCGCGGGGCGAAGCUGCGGAGCUGAGCCUGAAGCUGAGCGCGGCCGAGGGCCGGGCCCAGGGGCUGGAGGCGGAGCUGGCCCGGGGCGAGGAGCUGCGCAGGGCUACCGAGAGCCGCCUGGGGGGCAUCCGCUCCGCGCUGCGCCGCACCAUGGGCAUCCCCCGGGCGGGGACACGGCCCCCCGGCAAGGGGGGGGGACCAGAAGCCUCGGGGACCCCCAGCUCCUCCCCGGACACCGACGCAGCCUCCGAGCCCGAGGCGGUGCGGGCAGCACUGGGGGAGUUCCUGAGGGAGCUGCAGGACACCCAGAGGGAGAGGGAGGAGCUGCGGGUGCAGGUGGGCACCCUGGGCAGGCAGCUGGCAGAGGCAGAGGAGGAGCGGGACAAGGCCAGGACCCGGGCACGGCAGCUCCAGAAGAUGGUGGCUGAGAGUGAGGAAGGUGAUGGGCUGAGCAGCCCCCAGGCCACGCGGGUGCUGCAGGAGGAGAGGCUGCAGUGGGGCGAGCGGGAGCGGCGGGAGCUGCAGGAGAAGGUGGUGGGGCUGGAACAGAACCUGCAGAGUGCCCAGGCCCAGCACAGAGCUCUCCAGGAGAAGCUCUCCAUGGUGCAGCCCCUCCAGGCCCAGCUGGAGGAGGCCAAGGGGCAGCUGGAGGUUGCAGGGAGCCGGGGCCGCCGGCUGGAGCUGCAGCUGAGGGUGCUGGAGGGGGAACUGCAGAGGGCACAGAGGGACCUGAGACAGCAGAGAGCAGAGACUCAGACAGCACAGGAGCGUGCUGAGACACUGCAGAGACAGUUGGCCGGGAGCGAGCAGCGUGUCAGCACCUUGCAGCUGGCAGUGGAGAGGCUGAGCACAUUCUGGGCACAGAGCAGCCCGAAGGCCACUGUCCCCAGCGAUGUCCCCAGCACCCCCUCCCCAUCACCCGAUGGCACCGGGGUCCAGGAGCAGCUUCAGCAGCUCCAGAGUGUCCUGGCUGCCGGGGAGCUGGACCGGCGGGCACUGCAGGAGGGGCUGGAGGUGGCCCGGAGGGCGCUGGUGGAGGCGAGGGAGGAGAAGGGAACCCUGCGGGAGCAGCUGCGGGAGCUGCGGGAGGAGCGGGAGGAACUGCAGAGGGGCAGGGAGGAGCUGGAGCUGCGGCUGCGGCAGCAGCAGGAGGUGAGGGUCCCCUCUCACACCCUCCCGGGGGCCAUGGCUGACCCCUCCACCCCCCAGGGGGACAGGAGGGAGGCUGAGCGCCUGGCCCUGCGCCUGGAGAAGGACAAGAGUGCCCUGAAGAAGACCCUGGACAAGGUGGAACGGGAGAAGCUGCAGGGACAGGAGGACUCAGCCAGGCUGUGGGCAGAGAAGGGGAGGCUGGACAGAGCCCUGGGCACAGCCCAGAGGGAGCUGGCACAGGCACAGCACCACAUCCAGCUCCUGCAGGCACAGGUGUCAGCCCUGGAGCAGCGCUCUGCCCCCCCCCCACGUGUCACCCCCCACGAGAAGGUCCCACUGCUGCAGGGCCCGGAGCUGCCCCCACACCCCACCAGCAUUUAGGGUCCCCCCACAGAGCCUGGCACAGCUCAGCUCAUGGGGGGGGGGGGGAAACCAAACAACCCCAACCACUGAUUUUUGUCUCAUUGCCUUUCCUCAAGAAAAAAAAAACAAAAAACCAACCCCAAACCCCUGCACUUUACUCCCCCAGCUACUGACCCAGAGGGAGUUUUGAUGCAGUGUGAGCCCUGGGCACUCGGUUCUCCUUUUCUUGUGCUUUGUUUUUAUUGCAGUUUUUAACCAAAAGUUUGAAAAUACCUUUUUAUAACCUUAGAAAAGCCACCUUGGCACCUUGAUUUAUUCUUCCUCUCCCCUUACCCAAUGCUUCUCCACCAGCUCCUAAUUUUCCCCCUUUUUUCUAACAGAAAAACUCCUCCAGUCUGAUGGGUUUGGGCAAAUAACAGGAUUUAGAUCUCUUUUUUUUUUUGAGUUUGAGGAUUUUCUUGGUGCUAAAUGGCUGAAAAAAUGUGGGUGUCAAGGGGAUGGUUUCAAGUGUGUGUCCCCCACUAUUAAAUGUGGAUA